ACAUUUACACGUCCGGAAUCUAGGGCUCCUUUUCUUGCAAACUACAGGAUCGAUAUAAGGCGAAACGAUGGCUCUGUCAAGAAUCGCAAUUGCUGCGUGCACCGUCGCCUCGCUGGCCUCGGCCGUACAUGCAGAUCCUUCGUUUGAAAAGAGAGACGACCUUCCAGCAGGUUACAAUGCUGCUCCAUACUACCCAGCCCCGUAUGGCGGCUGGGCAGACGAAUGGCGAGACAGCUACGCCAAGGCGAAGAAGCUUGUGGACUCUAUGACGUUGGCUGAAAAGACAAAUAUUACUGCCGGAACUGGCAUAUUCAUGGGUAAGCGUCGUAUUCUUCUCCAAGCGACAUUUUACCUGCGUUUCGGCAGCUAG